AUGAAGCUCUUUCAGAUCUCCUGUCUCAACCUCUUCAUAUCACUCUCUAGCUCCCUCAGUCUUCCCAACGGCCACGGCCGUCAUGGAAUCAUCCCAAAGACUGUUGUGAUUGACGGCGCCCGCCUCGUUGAGAAUAAACUGCGCCUCCGAGCUGGCGACUCGUCGCUCACAGCCGCUCUUGGUCAUCUCACUGCCGAAGCUGAUAGCUGGCUAAGCCAGGGCCCGUGGACUGUGACCUCCAGGACGCAGCCACCGCCAAACGGCACAAUCCACGACUACGCAUCCCAAGCACCGUACUGGUGGCCCAGCAAUACCACUGAUGGCUGUCCCUACGUAGACCGGGAUGGCGAGCGCAACCCCGAAGUCGAAAAAUACCCCGACCACAGUGGACGUGACUCGAUGUUUCGAUCCAGCUACAUACUAUCUCUGGCAUGGUACUACACAGGCCAGGCCAAAUACGCCAAACAUGCCUCGCUUAUCCUGCAGACAUGGUUCAUCGACCCCGCUACGGCCAUGACGCCUAAUCUGCGCCACGCGCAGAUCAUCCCUUGCCGCAAUGACGGCCGCUCAAUCGGCAUCAUCGACUUCAGCAUGGAAUACACCAACGUGCUGGAUGCAGCCGCCAUCCUUGCCUCGACCAAUGCUCCAGGCUGGACAAGAGUAAACCAGCGAGCGUUCAUGAACUGGAACCGCCAGUUUCUCGACUGGCUAGUCAACUCGGCCUUUGGCAAGGAAGAGGCAGGCCAAGAGAAUAACCACGGGACCUUUGCCAACAUGCAGAUUGCGGCUCUCGCUCUCUUCACCGGAAACACGUCUCUCUCGGAAAAGACAUCCCAAGGGGCAAAGUCUCUCAUCGAUGUCCAGAUCCGGCCUAAUGGCUCCCAACCGAUGGAACUCGCGAGGACGCGUAGCUGGCACUACUCCAAUUUCAACCUUGGGGCGCACCUGCGCUUUGCGCUUGUCGCCAAGAAGGUCGGCGUAGACCUGCUCGGUUAUAAGGGGCCGGAUGGACAGAGUCUGUUUGGAGCGACGAAUUUCCUGUUGAAGGCGGCUGUGGAAGGGAAGAGCGCGUGGCAAUUCGAGGAACUGGAGUUUAAGCCGUACGCUGCAACCGAUAAUGUACAUGCUGCAGCUGAUGCAGGAGACAGUAAAGCCAAGGCGGUUGUGCCUCAGCUGCCGCCGCCGCCGACUGGGGAUAUUUACGUGCUCAGACCGGCUGCCGAGCAGUUGGAUAAUAUUGCUGGCUAG